CGGCACCCGGCGCGGGGCAGGCGGCCCCCCGAGGACCCCGAGACGAACGCCCGCAGGAUGAAGGUUAAAGAGAUGAUGAAAUUUGCUUGGGAUAACUACAAACAAUACGCACUAGGAAAAAAUGAACUGCGACCGCUGACCAAGAAUGGCCACAUCGGCAACAUGUUUGGAGGCCUUCGAGGAGCUACCGUGGUGGAUGCCUUAGAUACUCUGUACAUCAUGGAGCUCGAGGAGGAAUUCCAAGAAGCAAAGAAGUGGGUGGAGAAGAGUUUUGACUUGAACGUGAAUGGAGAAGCAUCCUUGUUUGAGGUGAACAUCCGCUAUAUUGGAGGACUGCUGGCCGCGUACUACUUAACUGGAGAAGAGGUGUUCAAGAAUAAAGCUUUGGAACUUGGAGAGAAACUUUUGCCAGCUUUUAACACCCCUACUGGUAUCCCACGAGGUGUCAUCAAUCUGGGCAGCGGCAUGAGUUGGAGCUGGGGCUGGGCAUCUGCCGGGAGCAGCAUCUUAGCAGAAUUCGGUACCUUGCACUUAGAAUUCCUGCACCUUUCGGAGCUCUCCGGCAACCCGGUGUUUGCAGAAAAGGUGAUGAACAUCCGCAAAGUCCUGAAUAAAGUGGAGAAGCCGCAGGGCCUCUAUCCCAACUUCCUCAGCCCGGUGACAGGGAACUGGGUGCAGCAUCAUGUCUCCAUUGGGGGGCUUGGGGACAGCUUUUAUGAAUAUCUCAUCAAAUCGUGGCUGAUGUCAGACAAGAAAGAUUCUGAAGCUAAAACGAUGUAUGAUGAUGCACUAGAGGCAAUAGAAAAGCAUUUGGUCAAAAAGUCUGCUGGAGGAUUGACCUACAUUGCUGAAUGGAGGGGUGGCAUCUUGGAUCACAAAAUGGGCCACUUGGCUUGCUUCUCCGGAGGCAUGAUAGCACUUGGAGCUGAACACGCUGGAGAAGAAAAGAAGCAACAUUACAUGGACCUGGCUGCAGAAAUAACCCACACGUGUCAUGAGUCUUACGCACGCUCAGAUACCAAGCUUGGCCCCGAAGCCUUUCGCUUUGACACUGGAAGUGAAGCCAUGGCAACGAGGCUCAGCGAGCGCUACUACAUCCUGCGCCCAGAAGUGGUGGAAAGUUACCUGUACAUGUGGCGACUGACGCACGAGCCCAAGUACAGGCAGUGGGGCUGGGAGGCUGUGAAGGCCCUGGAAAAACACUGCAGAGUAGAAGCAGGUUUUUCUGGCAUCCGAGAUGUUUACAGCACAACCCCAACCCAUGACAACAUGCAACAGAGUUUUUUCCUCGCAGAGACUCUGAAGUACCUCUAUCUUCUGUUCUGUGAAGACGAUGUGCUCUCCCUGGACGACUGGGUGUUCAACACGGAGGCUCACCCCCUGCCCAUCAACCACACGAACUUUAAAGCUAAAGCAGGGGUGCAGUAGGGAGCCGUUGCCCAGCACCUGCUUCCGCAGCGUCGGCGGGUUCCUGCAUUUCCUUUCCAUUAAAGGAAUUCGUGUUGUUCCUAAAAUGGUAUUUUGGGGCACUAGUCCAAUUCCGGACAGUAUUAUAUCGGGGAGAUGAAACCGUGACAUAAGCACCUUUUUUUUUCCUCUGUGAGGAGCUCUAUUAGCCUGAAAAUGAAAUGUUUAUUCUGGGCCAUAUUGUACACAAUUCAUAGACAUUCCUUUAUACAGAGAAUUUAUAUGAAAUCCACUGACUUCGCUCUAUAGUGGCCAAAGGAUUGGAAGUUUGCCAUAAAA